GCGGUCGCGCUUCAGCGGGCGGAGACCCCGGUCUUCGCCGCCUCUCCCGCGGCGCGGUCGCUCUCAGGGGGCCGUUGCCGAGCGGUCUGCUGUGCCGUGCUCGGGAGCGGAGCCGUUAGGGCCGUGUCCCUCGCGGGGGCAGCCGGGCGGGAGCGUGCUGCUGCCCGCGAGGCGGAGGGAGGACGUCAGUGCCCGCGUCCAGCCCGAGCGUGCGGGAAGCAUCCAGACCCUUCUGUGACCCGCUGCUCGCUCGCUGCUAGUGGAGAACGAGUUGUGCCUUGCUCUCACUUUCUGUGCUCGGUGGCGGCGUGUGACGGGCUUUGACGUCACGCGUAGUAGAACCCUGCAGCUGACAACACCAGCAGCGCCCGCAGACAGGGAAGCAGUGCUGCCGUGGGUGAGGUUGAAGUACAGCGCUGGUGUGGUUCUGGCUCUUCCAAUAAACAAACGAGUCCUCUGUGGAAGUUGAAGCUCGUGCUGCAGUCACACUCAUGGACAUGUGAAAGUUGCUGUUGCAUGGCUGUAUCAUAACAGAAGACAUCUCCCUUUUGGUGUCCUCUUCUGAACGUAGCUAGGGAAAUAUUUGAUCAUGCGUCACCUCCUGAGAUAGCUACAGAGCAAGAAAAUUCUAGAAAAGUGAAGCUGGAAGAUCAGCAAUCAAGAACAUAAAAAUGUUGUGCUGGGGAAAUGCAUCGUUUGGACAGCUUGGGUUGGGUGGAAUUGAUGAAGAGAUUGUUUUAGAACCCAGAAAAAGUGACUUUUUCUUAAAUAAAAGGAUCAGAGAUGUAGGGUGUGGACUAAGACACACUGUUUUUGUCCUGGAUGAUGGGACUGUUUAUACGUGUGGAUGCAAUGAUCUAGGACAACUAGGGCAUGAAAAAGCCAGGAAAAGACCCGAGCACGUUGGUGCCCUGGAUGCCCAAAAUAUUGUAGCUGUAUCAUGCGGAGAAGCCCACACUCUUGCAUUAAAUGACAAGGGUCAGGUAUAUGCUUGGGGUCUGGCUACUGAUGGACAGCUUGGCUUGCCUGGAACAGAGGAGUGCAUCAGAGUGCCCAGAAACAUUAAAAGCUUAUCAGAGAUACAAAUUGUGCAAGUUGCUUGUGGUUAUUAUCACUCACUUGCACUCUCAAAAGGAAGUGAAGUGUUUUCCUGGGGACAAAAUAAAUAUGGCCAGCUGGGCUUAGGUUACGAGUAUAAAAAGCAAAACUCUCCACAUGUGAUUAAAUCUCUGCUGGGAAUCCCUUUUGCACAGAUUGCAGCAGGCGGAGCUCACAGUUUUGUAUUAACUCUUUCUGGAGCCAUUUUUGGAUGGGGACGCAACAAAUUUGGACAGCUGGGUCUUAAUGAUGAUAAUGACAGGUAUGUUCCUACCCUGCUGAAGUCACUGAGAACUCAGAAGGUUGUUCACAUAUGUUGUGGAGAAGAUCAUACUGCUGCCCUUACAAAGGAAGGUGGGGUUUUUACAUUUGGAGCUGGAGGCUAUGGUCAGUUGGGUCAUAACUCUACCAGCCAUGAGAUAAACCCAAGGAAAGUUUUUGAACUUAUGGGAAGUCUUGUCACGCAGAUAACUUGUGGCAGACAGCACACUACUGCAUUUGUUCCUUCAUCUGGGAGAAUUUACUCCUUUGGACUUGGAGGUAAUGGGCAAUUAGGUACAGGAACAACCAGUAAUAGGAAAAGUCCCUUCACAGUAAAAGGAAACUGGCUUCCUUACAGUACUCAAUGCCUGAUACCUGCAGACAGUGAGCAGUAUUAUUGCGUAAAAAGAAUUUUCUCUGGUGGAGACCAAAGUUUUGCACACUACUUUUAUCCACAGAACAUGGUGCCACCGGAUGAUUUCAGGUAUCCUGACUUUUUGAAGCAGAUCUGGACUGUGAAUGAAACAUUUAUUCAAAGAUUGCUGACUUUCCCAUCUGGAAGGCUUCCUGUAGAAAUAGCUAAUGAAAUUGACGGAACGUUCUCCUCAGCUGGGUGCCUGAAUGGGAGCUUUUUGGCUUUGAGCAAUGAUGAUCAUUACAAAACCAGCACUAGAUUCUCAGGGGUUGAUAUGAAUGCUGCUAGACUACUAUUUCACAAACUUAUACAGCCUGACCACGUUCAUAUAUCGCAACAGGUGGCAGCUAGUUUGGAAAAGAACCUUAUUCCAAAAUUGAGCAGCUCCUUACCAGAUGUUGAAGCUUUAAGGCUGUAUCUCACUUUACCAGAGUGCCCGCUGAUGAGUGAUGCAAACAAUUUCACAACAUUAGCUAUUCCAUUUGGAACAGCUAUUCUGAAACUAGAAAAAGCUCCUCUGAAAGUUCUUGAAAACUGGUGGUCUGUACUUGAACCUCCGCUGUUCCUCAAGAUAGUUGAACUCUACAAGGAUGUUGUGGUCCACCUCCUGAAGUUGUAUAAGAUUGGCAUUCCUCCAUCCGAAAGAAGAAUAUUUACGAACUUUCUACACACAGCUUUCAGAGUUCUAGAAAUACUGCACAGGGUAAAUGAACGAGGACAAGUUAUACAGUACGACAGAUUUUAUAUUCAUGAAAUACAAGAUUUGAUAGAUAUCAGAAAUGACUAUGUCAACUGGGUCCAGCAACAGGUAUUUGGAAUGGAUGUCAACCAUGGAUUAACUGAGCUUACAGACAUGCCUGUUACCAUUUGCACAUACCCAUUUGUUUUUGAUGCCCAGGCAAAGACAACUCUUCUGCAAACAGAUGCAGUCAUGCAGAUGCAGAUGGCUGUUGAUCAGGCUCACAGGCAGAAUUUGUCUUUUCUUUUUCUGCCAGUAUUUGAGUCUGUUAACCCAUGCCUGAUACUAAUGGUGAGGAGAGACAAUAUUGUAGGAGAUGCUGUGGAAGUCCUAAGGAAAACAAAGAAUGUAGACUACAAGAAGCCACUCAAGGUUAUUUUUGUAGGGGAGGAAGCUGUUGAUGUUGGAGGUGUUCGCAAAGAAUUUUUUUUGCUCAUAAUGAGGGAGUUGCUAGAUCCCAAAUAUGGAAUGUUCAGGUAUUAUGAAGAGUCCAGGCUGAUCUGGUUCUCUGACAAGACCUUUGAAGACAGUGACUUGUUUCAUUUGAUUGGUGUUGUCUGUGGACUAGCAAUAUAUAAUUUUACUAUUGUAGACCUUCACUUCCCUUUGGCUUUGUACAAAAAGCUGUUGAAUAAGAAGCCAUCCCUGGAUGAUUUAAAAGAGUUGAUGCCAGAUGUUGGCAGGGGAAUGCAGCAAUUACUAGACUAUCCAGAGGAUGACAUAGAAGAAGCAUUUUGUCUUAAUUUUACUAUCACUGUGGAAAAUUUUGGUACAACAGAAAUUAAAGAGCUUGUUCCUAAUGGUGCUGACAUUCCUGUAGUCAAACAAAAUCGGCAAGAUUUUGUAGAUGCAUAUGUGGAUUACAUCUUCAAUAAAUCAGUAGCUUCCUUAUUCAGUGCAUUCCAUGCAGGCUUCCACAAAGUAUGUGGAGGUAAAGUUCUUCAGCUCUUCCAGCCCAGCGAGUUGCAAUCAAUGGUAAUUGGGAACACAAAUUAUGAUUGGAAAGAACUGGAGAAGAAUACGGAAUACAAAGGAGAAUACUGGGCUGACCAUCCUACAAUUAAAAUAUUCUGGGAAGUUUUUCAUCAGUUGCCUUUAGAGAAGAAAAAACAGUUUUUGUUGUUUCUGACAGGCAGUGAUCGUAUUCCAAUCCUUGGAAUGAAGUGUCUUAAACUAGUCAUCCAGCCAACAGGAGGUGGAGAAGGUUAUCUUCCGGUAGCUCACACUUGCUUUAAUCUUCUUGAUCUUCCAAAAUACACAGAUAAAGAAACCCUAAAAUCUAAGCUGAUCCAGGCUAUAGAUCACUACGAAGGUUUCAGUUUAGUAUAACUUCAGAAAUGAGAGAUCUGUGUAAUGUGGGAUCAUUAAACUAACUUCUUGUGUCUUUUUUGUGGUGGUAAAUUCAGUGGAUUAAAUGAUGGAGAUGAUAAUAUAAUUGAUUAUUUGCAAAAUGUUAAGUGGUAUGGAUAUUCAUUGGAGCCAAAAAAAAAAAAGGGGGGGGGGAGAGGGACAAAAAUGAGGAACUGUCUUAAUAAAUCUUGUACAAAACCAUGUCAAUUUUGCCAUCUUGCAAUAAAAUGCGAGUAUUGUGAGUGGGAGUCAAGUUUCACUAACAUGAAUUAACAUUUCAUCUUAUGCAAACAAUUUGGCGUGUGAGUGCAUGAGAGACUUGCUUAAGUUUUUCAAAUCACUUAGUAAGAAUACUUAAGUCUUUCCCUGAUAAAUUCACUUGGUAACUUUUCAUUUUGUAAAUAAUAAAUUUUUGUGAUAAAAUAAU